AGCUGUGUUGGCUGAAGCCAAACAUUUUCAGCAGACGUUGACUCUCGGCACAAGCCCGGAUGUGGGGGCGCUGAGCGUGCCCGCCAUGCGGGCCCUGGGCCGAAGAGUAGAAGACUUUGCACGGAAGAGCUGCCGUGCCUUCCCACUGGAGGAGCUGUACAGGUUGGGCCGUGAUGACCGGCCACAGCUGGCGCGCCUGAUUCACCAGGAGAUCGCCAUCCGCAAUGCGCAGCUUUGCAAGGAGCUGCUGCUCUUGCCUUUUGGCUUGGCAGAGACCGCCGGGGUGCGCAAAGUGGUGGAGUGUUUCAGCAGCUACGUGGACUGGCUCUCUGAAUUCCCGGCUCCGUCCAAAGACGACGCUGCCUUUACAGAGCUUCUAAAGCAGAUCUUGAAGGACAAUGCAGACAUCACACGGACAGUGGGAGGGGCUGUGCUGGAGGUCCGCUCUGCACUGGGCGAAGCGCAGUAUGAGGAAGUGAGAACCGAGGUGGAUUUGAUCCUUGAUCGCUUCUUCAUCAAGCGCAUAGGAUUGCGGUUCCUGAUCCAGCACCACAUCGAAGCCGCAGAGGCGUCGUCGGAUGGCUCCGGCAUCAUCCGCAGCAUGGAGGUGGGCAACGUGCUCCGCGCAGCUGCCGCGGAAGCCCGUUCGGCCGUGGUGGAGGAGUUCGGCCUGGCGCCACAGGUGGAAGUGAUUGGGGACGGAGCCGAGAUACCUUUGGUGCACACGAACACCUAUGCAACAGGCUCCAGUUUGUCUCGGCCGAUCCCGAAACAAGACUGCUUCACACAUGUUCCAAGUCACGUCCACUUCAUUUGCUUCCAGCUUCUGCGGAAUGCAUGCCAAGCUGCAGUUGGCAACUGGAAGCGAAGACAGUGUCAGGAGCAGCGAGAGUUGCUUUUGGCUGUUGCAUCAGAUGCAGCGGCCCAGCAAUCACAGUCGGUGCCGCUGGGCAGAGCAACGGUGGCUGGCUUCCCGAUCAUGUCCAGGAAACUGAUGCAGUUGCCAGAAGGACUGGCGCCGGUCCGCGCGAUCUUCGCGCACGGCAGAGAGGAUGUCUCCAUCAAGGUCUCAGAUGAAGGGGGAGGAAUCCCCCGGAGCGAGCUGCAGCAGGCGUGGAGUUACUACGGGACAGGUGACGACCGCGCGGCCGGGGUGGGGCUUCCCCUGUCUCGCCUCCAUGCACGAUACUACGGCGGGGACGUGGUGCUCAAGUCCAUGGAGGGCUUCGGCACCGAUGUUUACGUCUUCCUGGACAGGCCGCCGAUGGCACCUCCGAGACAUCUCCGAGACAUCUCCGAGACACCGAGUCGUGCGAUUACGUUUUCCCCUCGAAAGAUCCAUCGCCUCUCUCUGAACUCUCGGGCUCUGAACCCCUGAGAUCCCCUGAGGUUGGGCCAAAGCUGCGAGAACCUGCCGCAGGGUGUGCGAUUGAGCCCGGCCCAGCUGGACUCCUCGGUUGGGAAGGAGGCAUCCAUCAGGGCCGAGUCCUUGGGCGACAUGAGCGAGGCAGAGGUUGCUUACCUCACUCGAAGACUCCAAGAGCGGCGAGCAGCAGCAUGUGCAAAGACACAGACUGUCGAGU